AUGGGUGCAUUGCUGCGUCACCUAAAGGGAUUGGGAAAAGACACAGCCACGCUCAUGUCUAAAAUAGAAGAGCUUGUUAUUAAGACCAUAUUAUCGGCGGAAGGCUCUAUUGCCUCAGUGUUUCAAGGAACUCUCGCUCACAGAAGAAAGUGUUUUGAGUUGUAUGGCUUCGAUGUCCUAGUUGAUGAAACCUUAAAGCCCUGGCUGUUGGAAGUUAAUCUGAUGCCGUCUCUGGUUUCUGAUGGACCCCUUGCGUUAAAAAUCAAGGCAAAUCUGCUUGCAGACACGCUGACAUUAAUUGGUGUGCAGUGUCAAAAUACCCAGCAGAAUAUGGACAAAGAAGGGCCCACAAUAGCUGCAAAAGUGAAAGCAGGAUAUCAAAAGACAGCUGCUGGACAGACUGAAUCCUCCCUCUUCCAAGAGAGGAUGAAGAUAAUUCAUGAGGUCAAGGAAGAGGAAGAGAGAAGAGGCGGUUUUAUUCGAAUCUUCCACCACAAGGAGACAUGGAAGCGAUAUAGCAAUUUAUUGACAUACAAAUCAUUUAAUAACAUGCCGGCUUGUCAUCUUUUUACAAAGAAGCCAUCAGAGCCAGGAUUCAGCAGUAGUGGACUUGGGCGAAAGCUUCCGCCACUGCGGACAAACAACCAUGAGAUAGCACUCAAGCAAGGCAGUCCAUCUCAUAGUGGAAGAACUCGCAAGGAUGUGAGGAGACAGGGAGUUACAUCUUUAGUGACAUGCAAACCCCUUAAUAAUAUUCAACCUUGCCCUCUGCAUGCAGCGAAGACAUCAGAUCCAAAAGCCAGCAGUGUUGGGCAACACUCUGUGCUGCGUGGGCAAAAGCAGCCAUUACUGCAGACAAAGAAGUCACUUAGUCCAUCAAGAUCUUCUCACAUGAGCAGUGAAAGAACUUCCAAGGAGGUAGAGAGACAAAGCAUGCCCACUUUAGUGAAAUGCAAACACUUAGAUAACAUUCGGCCUCACCAUCAUCUAGCAACAAAGCUGUCAGAUCAAAAAUCCAGCAGUAGUGGACCCUUGGCGCUGUAUCAGCGAAAGCUGCCGCCAUUGCAGACGAGUAGGCCUGUGGAUCAUGUUUUGACGCUCAAGCAAGUUACUCAAAUUAAUAGUAAAAAACACUGCACACAAAAAUCUGGGUAUAAUUCAGUCAGUCCAUCUAAAACAUUUCACCAGAGCAGCAAAAGAUUUCCCAAGGACAUCAUGAGACUGGGACUAUAUGGCAUCAGGGACUCUAGCACGGACUUAGGAAGCAUAAGACCAGUUGAUCCACAGCCUCCUGUUCUGGAGUCCAGCCUAAAGUCAACUGCCAGAGCAAACAUCAAAUCUCUUCACCACCAGAGCAAGAUGUUAGCAAGAAGAGGUCCCAGUGAGCUAUUAAACAUCAUCACUGGCUUCUCGUCUAGCUAUCAAAAUCUUUGUGCAGAACUCGAUCGCCUAUAG